CCCGGUCCGGAUAUGCUGCUGUCCUGCCACCGCUCCACAAUGGGUUGCAAUGGGCUUUAGUUUGUCCAUUGCGUAAUAGUAGCCGGGAAAUGCCCUUGACAACAAUCUACACAGUGUUGUACUCAGCAUGACGGCGGCGCAGGAGACUGAGCGAGUAGAGGAAGGCUCGGCGGCGAAACUUACACAAGACUGAACAUUUGCAUGUUUAACCAGAGUUGAAGUGUCUUUGCCAAAACAUGACUUCAAGAGUUCUUCGCACCAUGGGGAUAAGGCACCUUUUGCUGCUGCUGAUAUACCUCGACCCGCUGAGCGUGCUGAGCGCCGCCACGGGCGGUAAAAAGACCAAGCAGGCGCCCAGGAAGGCUCCCAAAGCCACUGCGGUGCCCACGGUCGCCCCGCAGAAGACCCCGCAGCCAGCGCCCGCCAGCAACCACGAUACCUGCCUGGGUUACUACGACGUGAGCGGGCAGUAUGACAAAUUGUUCGAGUGCAACAACACGGACCACCGGUACUGCUGCGGGACGUGCUACCUGCGCUUCUGCUGCGAGUACAAGAAAGACCGGCUGGAUCAGAAAGCCUGCAAGAACUACCAGAGCCCAGUGUGGGUGCAGACGGCCGCCCCGUCACCCAUCCCGACCGGUGAGACGUACGAUCCGAGCAUGGAUCAGACCAACACGGCGGUCUAUAUCACCUGUGGGAUCAUAGCCUUCAUCAUAGUGUUGGGAGUGUCGGUCAAAGUUGCUUAUGACAAAGCCACAGAGCCGCCUCAGGAAAUGAAUAUUCAUAGGGCCCUUGCAGACAUCCUGAGGCAGCAGGGGCCCAUUCCCAUAUCGCAAUACGACUGUGAGAAUUUUGCAGCGAUGAACGGCUCACCCAAAGACAACACACCAAUCAGAACCUCAUCCAAGAACCACUACACCCCUGUUCACACCUCCAAAUCCAACCACGGUCUCCACUAUGGAAAGGAGAGCGUCCGGAGCAGCGGAGGCGCCGAGCUUCACAAUUUCAUCUCCUCUGGCUUUGUGACGUUGGGUCGAGGCCAUCCGAAAGGUACCCAUCAGCACAACUAUAACCAUGUGGCUCUAGGUAGCCCCACACGCACACCUAAGAAUGAAAACAAUCGGAUAAGCGGCAUCCUGACCUCGCAGACGGAGCCCUACGACCUGUCUUUCUCACGCUCCUUCCAGAGCCUGUCUCACCUGCCGCCCUCCUACGAGGCGGCCGUCAAAGCCGAUGUCAGCCGGUUCUCGUCCCUGAAGAAACUCAGUAGGUCCAAGUUCACUGCACUAAUGCAAGAGUAG